CUUAUCAAUAAGUGAGACUCGGUAUACAAGUGAUAUAUGCUUCAUUUUUUAUUUUUUUGAAUAAAAAUGACAGAAAGAAAUAGGUAUAAUUAUUCUGUUGCUGUUAUCGCGCGUAUACUUGGCAAGCCUGUUCCACGCUGCAUAGCAAAGUCAUAUCAUCAAUCUCUAAUCAAUAUAUUCAAUAUAAGGAAGGUUUUUUAAUUCGUAAUCUCCUCUUCGAUAUAUUUGUUUUUACUUUUAAAUCAAAAAACGUAUGAAGUCUGAUCUCAGUUAACAACUGAGUAUUCAUUAGAACAAACUGAGAAGAAAUUUAACGUGUCUCACUACAAAACAGUUAUGGAUAGCGAAAGCAGUCAGAUAAUCAGGGUAAAAUCAAACAAUAUUUUAUUCCUUCUAGCAGAGAUAUUAUUGCUUGUCUUGAAAAUUGUAUAUUACAUUUGCGAGGAUGUAUAUAGAUUAAUUGUUCCACCAAAGAAGAAAAAUGUAGCUGGUGAAAUUGUUUUGGUAACAGGUGCAGGUCAUGGCAUUGGAAAAGAAUUAGCGAUUGGCUACGCUUUGUUAGGGGCAACAGUGGUAUGUUGGGAUAAGAAUGAAGAAAAUACCAACCAGACAAUGGACGAUAUUAAAAAAAUGGGACUAGAUUCUGUACAUGCAUAUCGAUGUAAUGUAGCAGAUAGGGAAGAAGUCUUCCGGGUAGCGGAGAAAGUAAAAAAAGAAGUGGGUGAUGUUACUAUCUUGAUCAACAACGCCGGUGUAGGAAUUGCUAAAUUGUUACUAAAUCAAAGCUUCGACGAUAUUGAACGAGUUAUAGACGUCAACCUGAAAGCGCAUUAUUGGACAUUACGAGCAUUCUUGCCAAAUAUGAUAGAAAAAAAUCACGGUCAUGUUGUGGCAAUUUCGUCAAUAGCAGGACUUUUUGGAAGUUCUUAUGGAACGGUCUAUUGCGCUACAAAAAGCUCAAUUAAAACUAUGAUGGAAGCUGUAUCUGAAGAAUUACGUGCAUUAAGUAACGGAAAAUCAUCUGUUA